CCCCCCCAACCACGUGAAGCGCCCCAUGAACGCCUUCAUGGUGUGGUCGCAGCUGGAGCGCCGUCGCAUCGUGUCCCAGACGCCCGACAUGCACAACGCCGAGAUCUCGAAGCAGCUGGGACGCCGCUGGAAGCUUCUGACGGAGGAGCAGCGGCGCCCUUACCGCGACGAGGCCCAGCGCCUGAAGGUGCUGCACCGCCUCGAGUACCCUGACUACAAGUACCGCCCGAGGAAGAAGAACGCGAAGAAUUGUGCCCCGCCACUGGUGUCCCUUCCUGGAGGAGGAGGGGGGGGCGGGGACGUCCUUCGGGGCGUGGCUCUCGGCGGGGGUGGGAGGGUGUCCAAGGCCCGGACGCCCCUCGUCGGGGGGACGCACUCGCCCCCCGCCAACGCCGCCACCGUCAUCAAGAUGCGGGAGUGCCUCCGCGCCGCGAACCUGAAGCACCUGGCGAGCAAGGCCUCCUCCGUGCCCCCCUCGGCCGCCCCGCAGCAGCAGAAGCCGCAGCCGAUGUCGCCGAGCGCCCGCCUGCCGACGAGCCCUUCGCUGGACCUCCCCGACUCGCCCGAAGGAGCUGCGACCUUCAAGGACCACGCCCUUCGGUCCGCCGACUACGCCGUGAAGGAGGAGAGGCUCGGCGACCCGAUGUACUGCAGCAGCAGCGCGCCCGAGGCAGGCUUCGGCUGGCCCAGCGACCUCCUGUUGGCGUCUCCUCCCACGGAGCCUCCGGCGGAGUCCGCGCCCCUCGCCGAGGACCCGCCCACGCUCGCCGACCUGGACAACAUCGGCGUCAAGGACCUGGUGCCGCUGUCGCCGGGCCUGUCGCUCGACCUGCAGACUCUCGGCUCCGACAUCGAGCUCUGGCCGGCGCACGAGGCGGGGCAGGACCUCAGCGCCCCGCGAGACCUGGCAACGCCCCCCACGCCCUACCACAGCGGCCUGCAGGACCCCUGGACGCAGGCGCUGUGGGAGGACGACGUCGACUCCUUCGUAGAGGAACUGCAGAUCAAGUUCCAACCGCUGCAGAUGGAAGCCAGUCCGCCCGCCGCAAGCCAGGCGGGGCCGGCGUCCACGUGGCUCCGGCCCGCCCUCGAGGUCUCCUACUCGCUGGGCGGCCCCUCGAGAUGAGCGGGGGGCGCCGACGUCCUGCGCGACCUCGCCCCCUUCGUCAUGGCGAGCUGGUCUCCGCCUCUUUGCUUUCUCUCUCCUCAAGCCUCUCUGCGCCCUCCUGGACCACACGUCUCAGAACGCGGCGGAUUUUGUGUCUCUCCCCAGCGACGGCGCCGCGCGGAGGGUGACAGCGCCUCCGGCAACAAAUGAUCUCAGAUCACGGCCAGACAUAUUUCCCCCUUUUCUUCCUUUUUUUCACCCUUUCUUUCUUCUUUUUUUUCGUCGUCAACGGUUCAGCGCUUCCAAUAUCCAGACCGAAGACCGUCCCCCUGGACAAAGAAGAAAGCGAUAAUUUCUUCCGUAUUGUUGGUCCAAGGCGAACCCGGGCAUCUGUAUACUCUCGAUCUGUCUGUUCGCGGUCGACGUCCGCAGGGCAUGACAGCAUAUUUGGCCAGGAGUUCUCGUUCUGCUGUGAUAGAAGUUUCAGUUUUUUUUUUUACUAUUAUUAUUGUUUUAGCGAUAAGGAAAACAACGUGUUAAUCUAGUCUUUUUACAUUUCUUUUGUGCAAAUCGUCCUGUCGGGUUGAGCUAAUAUUUUUGCUACUGGUUAGCAGUGUCUUGAUAACAGAUUAUUUUAUAUAUAUAUAUAAUCUUUACAGUGACAGUUUUAUAGCAAGGAUGAUAUGAGAAGAUGAGAAAGGUUGACGGAUUCAUCUUAUGACCAGUAGAUGGCGUUAAUGAUGAGUGUUAACGCCAUCUAUUGACUGAUCGCGAUAAUCGAUCAGCCUCUUUCUGUUCCUUCUUAGUUUAGUGUCUCGUUUGUUAGCAAAGAAAAUAAUCCUGUUUGUUUGCUUAUUUCAGUAACCCAAGUGUUUUUUAUCUGUGUAUAGCUGGCUAAUUGCCUUAACAUUGAUGUGACCCAGGUAGAUCUGGGAUUUGGAAUAUUGGCCCAGGUGGUCUUGCAAAUAUAUUUAUUGGAUAUUUUGGUAGGAAGGUAUACGCGUCCAAAAGAGGAUCUCAGAUCAAAGAAAACACUUAUUCAUUGUUUUUUUUGUUUUGUUUUUUUUUUUUUGUUUUUUAUUCAAUCUAAACCUCCAUCUUUUACACGAGCAUUGAUGUAUUCACGUUAAAGCACUCUUAUUCUAUGAUCGCAGUGCAUUUAAGUGAAGGUACCGAUGUUUAUAUUGUAGAUGAAAGCUCGAAUUAACAAAGUAUUGGACAAACCACCCUUAAUUUUCCUGAGAACACUUUUUUACGCGCUUACCCUUAUCUGUUGUUCGAUGUUCCGCUCGUGAUGCGAGUUGAAACAUUUCGCUACAACGGACUUUGAGUAAUAAUCUGAUGCAUGUGAAAACCGAAUAUGUACGGCGUGGUUUUGAAAAGAGUGUAUUUGAAACUGGAAGAUAAAGCCCUGGUGAUUUCUUUAACCAUUACCAAGAGUGAUUUUUUUUUUUUUUUUGUCUCGUUUAUCGGGAUUUGUCUGUUUUUCACUUCUUGCAGUUUUAGCGGCUGUUCACCGCUUAUCAUCUCUCUCUCUCUCUCUCUCUCUCACUCUCACUCUCU